AUGCAAGACGCCAUUGCCAUCGCAAGAAGGCUGGGAGUGAGAUAUCUGUGGGUGGAUGCACUGUGUAUCUUGCAGGGGACCGACGAAGCAAAGUUGGAUUGGCAAAGGGAGUCACCAAGGAUGAGAGACGUCUACGGCAAUGCCUUUCUAACAAUCGUCGCCGCACCAGCGAGAACAAUCCACGGUGGGAUAUUCGCCGCCGGGAAUCCCCCGAAAAUACCCCACUGCCGCAUCCCGUACAAGUCGAAAUGUACGCCGGGAAUCGAGGGCCACGUCUUCCUGGGCUUCGCCGAGAGACCUCGCGACAGAUCAGAGGAGCCACUGUACCAUCGAGCAUGGACGCUUCAGGAGCGCAUCCUCUCCUCGCGCGCCCUGAUCUGCACGCGAGAUCAACUUUGCUGGGAAUGCGCCGGGGCCAAGUGGACCGAAAGCGGCGAGUUCAACCCGCCGAUCAGUUCCGCGAGACUGGAAGCGCAGCCGAACCAAGGCAACACCUGGAACGUGAUUGUUCGAGACUACAGCUCCAGAGACCUGACGUACAGCAUGGACAAGCUCCCCCGCACUGUCCGGGCUCGUGAAUGA